CAGAUUUAUAAAAAAAAGUUUUCCGUUUAAUGUGAAAUAGUAAAAUCACGUUUUUUAAUGGAACAAAAUUUUUAUCGAAAAUUUGAAUCAAAUUGCGCCUCCAAAAAUGUGUCAUCAAUUAUAAAGUAAUUAUGCAGAAAUUGGUUCUCGAAAAAAAUAUAUUCAAAAAGUUGUAUAGUUAUCGAAAUUUAAAAAGAUACAAAAGUUUUUAGUGAGAAACAGACUGAAAGUUUUUGACCAUCAGACAGCUCAAAAAUCGAUGGUUAGCAUAAAAUAAUUUAAAUAAUUUAUACACUUAUGCCACUAGUGAAUAUUAGUGAGUGAAAGACGAUGAACGACGCCUUUAAAAUAGCAUAUGAACGUGACAAGUGUUCUCUACUGGUGUUAUCGGAGAUUAAAUUUUUUGUGGUUAAGAUAACGAGCUCGCAAUUUAAGUGUUUCGACAAAUAAUGGAUGUGAUAAGUGACUCCAGUAUGAAUUUGUGAAGUAAGAAAACAUUUAUUUUCUUCGGUUUUUUAAUUUUUUAUUUUUUUACGUACAAUUUUUACUGUGUUAUUUAAAACCAGUCGUUUGGAAGUUAAAGGAUCAUAACAUUUUUAUUAUCAUCAGGAAAAUGAGUCUCAGUUUAACAAAAUUCUUUUCCAAGAAAAAAACAACAACUGACAAUAGUGUCGCUGAAAUAGGUUUGCCAACAAAUGUUUUUCAUAAAUUUCACGUUAUAAAAAAUGCAGAAACUGGUCAACUUGAAGGAUUACCCGAUCCUUGGAUUCGACUACUAAAUACUCAGAUUUCAAAAUCAGAACAGGAUUCACAUCCAGCUGCAGCUCUGCAGGCCAUUAAAUUCUACAAUUAUUCAAUAAAAAAAAAACCUACUGAAGAAGUUUUCAAGCCAUUCGUUACUGCAGAUUUUAUCGAAGAAGAAUCUCAGGAAAUAGAUAAAAUUUUAACGAACAAAUACCAAACUGGUGAUUUCGAAAGUUCUAAUUCUGGCAGUUCUACUGACAGUCAAGAGCACACAAUACCAGAGUUACCAAAAAAACUUAGCAAGCCUCCAAAACCUCUUCCUCGAAAAUGCAACGAUCGCGUUGACAAAACGUUGACGGAAAUUUUGGAAGAUCUCAAUGCGUACCAAUUAGAUUUACCAGAAGACAAAGAAACAAUUGAAGAAGAAAGUCCUGUUCUUCGUCAAAAAUCCGAGUGUUCAUUAGAACGAAUGACAGAUGAAGAAGUGUAUAAAGAGUUAAGAAAUAUAUGUCAGUGUGAUGACCCUAACAAACGUUUUGAAAAAACCAAAGAAGUUGGAGCUGGUGCAUCGGGAACUGUGUUUAUAGCUACUGAUUUAAUUAAUAAUCAAAAAGUUGCAAUAAAAGAUAUUGAUUUGUCUAAACAGCCAAAGAAAGAACUUAUUUUAACAGAAAUAAAAGUCCUUAAGGAAUUCCAUCAUCCAAAUCUUGUUAAUUUCUUGGAUGCUUAUUUACUGGACGAACAUUUGUGGGUAAUAAUGGAAUUGUUGCAGGGAGGGCCGCUUACUGACGUCGUAACUGAGACUGUAAUGAAGGAAGUCCAGAUUGCCGCAGUCUGUCGCGAAGUUUUGAAAGCCAUAAGUUUCCUUCAUUCCAAGGGUAUCAUUCACCGAGACAUUAAAUCUGAUAACGUUCUUCUGGGAAUGAAUGGCGCGGUCAAGGUCACUGAUUUUGGUUUCUGCGCGAAUAUUGACGGAGACGAAAAACGACAGACGAUGGUAGGAACACCCUACUGGAUGGCUCCAGAAGUCGUGACUAGAAAACAAUAUGGUAAGAAAGUCGACAUUUGGUCUUUGGGCAUCAUGGCUAUUGAAAUGAUCGAAGGAGAACCGCCUUAUCUAAAAGAUACGCCCUUGAGAGCAUUGUAUUUGAUCGCUGCUAUCGGGAAACCUUCGAUUCCUCGGUGGGACAGUCUUAGUCCGACAUUUCAAAAUUUUUUGGAAAAGUGCCUUACGGUUGAAGUGGAUGAACGUGCGACAGCUGAUGAGUUACUGGCUCAUCCUUUCCUGGAAAAUUGCGCAGAACUUUCGUCACUUACGCCACUCAUCCGAGCAGCUCAGAGGAUUCUCCGCAAAGCAUUUUGAUGUACAAACGAUUGUUUAAAAACAGUUAUUUUAAAUUUUACAGUCAAGACGUGAUUUAUAUGUGUGAUAAAUUUAACCACAAAUUGGUAGGAAUUCAAUUGAUAUCAUACUCAUCGUACUUGUGUAGAAAUUAUAGGCGUUUUAAAUUGACUAGUAAUUUAAGUGCGAUGGAUUACAAAAAUAUGAGAAACGAAGAAGAGAGUUUAUUUCAAUAUGUUGCGUUACUGAGUCCUUUAGAAAUGUAUUUGAAGAUCGAAACGUUUUUCAUGGAACGGAAAUAAAAAAACGAAAUGAAAAGUUAAAAAUUUACUGGAUCUAACACUCCGAAAUGCUUCGCAUAAGCGGUAGUAUAUCAGCUGAUGAUUGCAGCCCCAUAAGUCACAUUUAAGAAGUCAAUUUACAUAAAAAUUUCUCAUUUUUAUUGCGCGAAAAACAUUCAGAUUUUCAGACACAUCUUUUGGGUCUAAUAACGCGAUGUAAAAAAGACAGAUUCUGUCUGUAACAUGAUUUUUCUGUUGAAAAAUAUCUAUGAACUUUUUUAAAUUUAAGAAUAGCGUAUAAUUGUAAAAAUAAAAUUUUUCAUGUGAAAGUCAAAAAAGUGUUCUUCGCUAAAAAUGUAUUAAAUAAGAGUAUUAAAUGAAAGAAAGAUUGAAUGAAUUAAUGUAUUUAACAUUUUAUAAAUAUUUUUGAUUGCUAACUGAAAGUGAAAUGAAAAUACGAUAGUUUUUAUAAAAAUUUACUAACAAUUUUUAUAUUAAUAAUAUGAAAUUUAAUAAAAUCACUUACAACAAUUAUAAUAUUGCUCAAGUUAAUUUUCUUUAUAAACAAUUUGAUAGACGUUUAAAAUAUACAUAAGUUUUUAUUAAUCACAUCACACAUUAUUUCAAAGAUAAAAUAAAAAUUUCUUUCCCAUGUUAUUUAAAUAGGAAAUCUAAUUUAAGCGAGCGCGCGUUUUGUUAUGGAGUUGAAGGGCUCAACUUGGUGCCCAAUUUUUUUUGCUUCUAAUAAUUAUAAAUAAUUAAUGAUUAAAAUUAAAAUGAAACUAUGAUCGUUAGGACUUACCAUGGUCUCA